UCAUUGAUAUUGUGAUUGGGCUGUUGGUAUAAACCUUCAAUGGGCAACAGUGUACCUUUUUUGUUUAAAAACGCGCUGUUAAAGAGCAGGAAUGGGGAUUUUUAUGGAAGGCAGUCCUCUCGUGUGGUGGGACUGCCUUUUUAGCAAAAGUGCAAUUUAAAAAAAAAAUGUCCAAAGGGAAACCAUGAAAAGGGAAGCCCUACAACAAGUCCAGCCAUGUCAGACGUCGAAUCCUCACCGCUAGUUGAAGAAAAGAAAAGAGGUCAACGUGGAAAUAAGAAGGGAGACAAGAAAAAGCCAGCAUUAUCUAAAAAGAAAGAAAAGGCGCUCCAACGAGAAGUCGAACGUCGCAAUGCCGUCAUGGCCUCUUUCAGCAAAUAUUAUGAAGAAGAAUGGGGAGCUGAACGAUGGCCUUCCCUUUUCGAAGCCUUGAAAAAGCCCGUGCGUCAUUGCCUCAUGCUGAAUAAAUAUGCCAAUGUCGAUGAACUGAAAGCGAAACUAAAGGACCAUCUAUCCGACCUAACCAUGCUGGAUUUUGUUUCGAUUCCCUGUUAUGCAUCCAAAAGCUUGGCACGUUUCCCGCCUCCAAGCAAAGACAGUAAUGGCAUCACUGACUACUAUAUUCUCGACGCGGGUUCUGUAUUAGCUACAGAGGCAUUAGACAUACAGCCUGACGAUCAAGUGCUCGAUAUUUGUGCAGCUCCUGGAGGUAAAUCAUUAGCCGUGCUGCAACGCUUGGAUAAACAAUAUGGUCGAUUAACAUCCAAUGAGAUUGCAUCUGACCGCAGAAGAAGAUUACGGCAAGUGAUCGAAUCCUAUAUACCCGCUGAUAUUGCCGCUGAAGUCAGCACCGUGGUGGGCAAGGAUGGUACACGGUAUUAUGGUGAACCAGAGCAGUACGAUAAAGUGCUCUUAGACGCACCUUGUUCAUCUGAACGACAUUUAUUACAUGAUGACAAAGAGUUUGACAUGUGGACACCGAAACGCACCAAAGUGAAUGCGAAACGCCAAUUGUCAAUUUUGAAAGCAGCCCUACAUUCUGUGCGAGUGGACGGGUUGGUAUUGUAUGGUACUUGUUCUAUCAGUUCAUUAGAAAACGAUAAGGUGGUAGAGCGUAUGAUUAAAAAGGGCAAGAUUCCUGUCGAAGCUGUCAAAAUGAAGAAAUGGGCCAUUGGUGAGAGGACAAAGUAUGGUUGGAUUGUCUUGCCAGACAAGACAGAUGGUUGGGGACCACUUUAUUUUUCUCUGCUUAGAAGAACAGGUGUCUCUAAAGAGGGAGAAAGUGAUGACGAUGAUGAUGACGACAGCGAUUAAAAAAAAUGGUUACUCUUCUUUUAAUGACUUCUUCAGAGAAGGUGUGCACUAUACAGUUGUCCUUUUUUUUUCUAAUUAUUUAAUUGAUAAUCUCUUUUUUUAAUCGGAUAUCGCGCGCAUUGAAUAGAGCUGCAUCCGGCUCUUUUUGCUGCAUUUGAACUUUUUCUCCAGAAAACUGUCGAAUUUUUCUUUUAUUUUUGACAGAAAUAAAAUAGGCAAUGCAUUUUUUUUUUUUCUUUUGGUUUUAUUGUUCU